AUGCCCGAUUAUUACUCGACUUUCUUGUCGAUUUCCGCUGACAUAGACUGGGACGACCAGGCACUAAAGGACGCUUUUGAAUCAGGCUUGUCGCGAGAAAUACGCAUAGCUCUCGCGAACCGCGAACACCAACCCAAAACCCUUCGGGACCUCGCCAAAGCUGCUAUUAGCCUUUACGUACAUCUAGACGGGGUGAAGGUAGCGUCAAACGGUAAUAACGGUUCCGGAGGAGGGUAUCAACAGAAUAAGGACAACACAAAAAACAAUUUGAAUAUCAAUAAAGGUAAUUCAGACAAUACUUUCCAGAAAUUUAAAUCAGGUCAGCAGAACAAGACCAAUGAUAAUAAGGAAAGAAAAUCACAAAACCCCAAAGCAAAAAGCGACAAUGAGAGAAAGUCUUUGACUUUCAAGGAAAAGAAACAUAGAAGGGAUAACGGUCUGUGUCUGUACUGUGGAAGUCCAGAUCAUAUGGUAAUCAACUGCCCAGAAGCGAAGAAGCGUCCCACGCCAGCGACUGGGGCAAACCGGAUUGGACUAAACAGUCUGACAAUCGAGGGCCCCAAUAACGGUCAGGAUAAGGACUGUCACGGCCGUCGAACAACUUCCUCCUAA